AUGAUGAGAUCAGAAGAAAAUAGUAGUAAUUGGGGAAUGUUUGAAGAAGAAGGAGUUCAGAAAAUGGAAGGGUUCGUUAAAGGAUCGGAUUUCAUAGAGGUUCAUUGCGGCUGCACCAGCAAGAAAUAUGGCGAUUCUUCUGGUAAACUUAGGAUUUCUUCUUCUGGCCAUUUCUUCAUCUUCUGUUUCUGCUCCGAUGCCUGUAAUGCCGGGAAGCUGACUCCAGAGGAAUUUGAGAAGCAUUCUCAAAGAGAAGGGAUCAGGAAAUGGAAGAGCAACAUCUGGGUUUCAGUUGAAGGAGUGAAGGUUCCAUUGUGGAGAACUUGCUUGCUUAAAUACUACAAGCAUUCUGAAAAUGAGGCCAAUUGGACUUCUGCUGCCCUUCGUCGCCGCAACUUCCACCGCGACGAGUUCAUCCGAUGCUUUGAGUGCAAGAAGGAACGACGCUUUCGUCUUCGAACUAGAGACCAAUGUCAAAUCUACCAUAAUUCAAUUGCUAAUCAAAGAUGGAAAUGUUCUGAUCGUCCUUAUGACAUGAUAACAUGUGAUGAUGACGAAGAGCGGGAGAGUCGAAAGAGUUUCCGAGGCUGUCCACGAUCGUCAAAGUGUCGAGGCUGCACGUCCUGUGUUUGCUUCGGAUGUCUUCGAUGCCGCUUCUUGGACUGCCAUUGCCGUGCCUGCACUGAUUUUGUGCAGAAUACAGCACCUUGAGCUUGCACUUGUAUUUGAAACUUUGUUGAUGAGUUCUGAUGGCCACUGGAGCAUCUAUUUGUAUUUGA